UUUGAAAGAUGAGAAGUGUUUGUGAAACUAAAGUUCUAUAUUUAAUUAAAAAGAUUAGAUAAAUCUAGCAGCACAUGUGUCACGUGUGAAAUGUGGGUUUUAUCGUCUCAAGGUUCUGUAGAAGGUAAAAGGGAAUUGAAACAGGGCAAGAUGACAAAUCCAGUUUCAAAUCAUGAUAUGAAGGUAUUCAGCGGAUUAUCUAAUCCUGGCCUGAGCAGAAAAAUUGCAAAAUAUUGCGGAGUCAAGCUUAGUUCUGCUGAUUUUAAUAUUUGCACAAAUGGUGAGAGUGAGGUUGAGAUCCAGGAUUCUGUGAGAGGGAAGAACGUUUAUGUAGUUCAGUCUAGUGGUAGAGAUACUAAUAAUCAUCUUAUGGGACUCCUACUCUUUAUACAGGCGUGUAAACUUGCUGGGGCGCGUAGAAUAACAGCAGUUUUACCAAUGCUUCCCUAUGCCAGAGGAGAUCAUAAGCAGCCGGAUCGACGUAUGCCGAUUCCCGCCAAAAUAAUCGCCGGUAUACUUGAAACAGCUGGUGUCAGCCAGGUUAUAACCGUUGAUAUCCAUUCCCCCCAGACUGAAGCAUUCUUCUCUAUCCCAGUAGACUGCUUAACCACCAGGUUUCUCUUCGAAUGUUGGGUUAAAGAGAAUGUUUCUGGUUGGGAGAGCAGUGUUGUAUGUUCUCCGGAUGAGGGUGGAACUAGAAGAGCAGGAAUGCUGGCGGAGAGAUUAAGACUACCUAUGGCUCUAAUACACAGAGACAGGUUGAACUCUGAGCAUAUUAUAUCUGGAGAUGUAAAGAAUAAAACUGUGAUUCUGGUUGAUGAUAUGGUAGAUACGUGUUAUACACUACUCAAUGCUCUAAACCAUCUGGUCAAUGUUGGUGGAGCAGCGAGUAUCUAUAUUCUGGUCACACAUGCAGUAUUAUCUCAGGUUCCCGGGGAACUAUUCCAGCACCCUCAGCUGAAGAGGAUGGUUGUUUCCAAUACAGUUACAGAGGACUACGGACAUCUAAGUGAGAAGAUUACAGUUCUUGAUGUAAGUGAUGUCAUCGGAGAAGCAAUCAGGAAUCAGAAUAAAAUAAAGAUGUAUUUUCAUGCCUAG